AUGGCUGCUUCCACCAAACUUCUAUCCACACCUCCUAUAGCUACAGGCCUGUUAUAUAUAUAGUUAGGAAUAACUAGUACUCAAAAUGCAAACUCAAAUCAUUACAUAGAAUAGGCACUAAGUCGAUUAAGUAGCUAGCCCAAAAAUGUAUCCUACAGCUCCUGACCAUGAGAAAUAUGUAGGUGAUCAUGAUCACCAUAUUCCAGGACAUGUUCCAGCUUUGAGUCCUCAUGGUGCACCAAGAGUCUAUGCUCCUCCAUAUGUAGUAAGUACGGUGCGGUCUGCUCGUCAUGUAGGAGGGGAGUGGUCAAGUGGUCUUUGCCAUUGUUGUGAUGAUCCUGCAAAUUGUCUGAUCACUUUCUUUUGCCCUUGCAUCACAUUCGGCCAGAUAGCUGAGAUAGUGGAUCAAGGUUCCUCAUCUUGUGCUCAAAAGGGAACUUGUUAUGGGAUUCUUCUUUCAACUACUGGUCUUGCUUGCUUGUACUCGUGUUUCUAUCGGUCGAAGUUGAGAGGUCAGUACGACUUGGAAGAAGCACCUUGUGUGGAUUGCCUAGUUCAUUUCUGCUGUGCUACUUGUGCACUUUGUCAAGAGUACAGAGAGCUCAGGAAUCGUGGUUUUGAUAUGGGAAUAGGUUGGGAAGCUAACAUGGACAGACAAAAGCGAGGAGUUACGCAAGCUCCGAUUGUGGCACCAGGCAUGACAAGAUAAAUGACGAGGCAAGAGAAAAAUUAUAUGCAGAUGGCAGCGGUUCUUGUACACUCUUUUUAUGAUAUUCUCUUGCUACUAAAUGCUGGUUUGGAGAGUUUGCCCAUUUGUUCUUUGUUGUACUAUCUUAAUAAAAAUGUACAUAUGUUGUGUAAAAAAAAUUGGGUGGUAGGUUCAAGCUAGCAAAUGAAUGAUUUGAAAUUAUAGCUUGUCGACUACGAUAGUUAUAUAUCAAUCACGGCAAGUUACAUUGUGUAACUAUAUAUUUCAUCUAUGAAUAACAAUCGGUGCUCCCAUGCACUUUUAGUUUUA